AUACAGAAAUAAAAUAUGUAAUAUAGCAAACACUUCAUCCCCAGUCCAGUAGGAGGAGCUAAAAGCAUAAAAAAACAUGACGUGUGCAACAGGAAGUGACUGAACCAGGAAAAAAACAAUAACAACGUCACGUGUUCGCAGCGCUGCGUAGGGGAUUUCCGCUGAAGAGCGGAGGUGUUUCGCUUUCGUCUUCAGAAGAUCCUCGGCUCUGUAGAGAACAGAAGAGAGAUGGAGGAGAAACACAUGCAGUCAGUGCUGAUCGCGCUGCUCAGAAGAGAUAAUGUCCGGCUGUGGACCGAGCCCUUCCUCUCUGACCACCAGAAGAUCCGGGAGCUGGCUCAGAAGUACGUGUCAGUCACAGAGUUCUCUCUGGAGGAGGUGAUCUUCACUCUGGAGAGCAUCAGAGCAGACACCAGCAGGAAAGAUGAAGGGAACAAGCAGUUUAAAGAGACCGCAGUGGCCUCGCUGGAGCUGCACCUGCCGCGGACAGCAGAGAAUGACAGAAGGAGAGUUCUUUUAAAAACCAAGCUGGACAUCACCGCGCAAGAGCUGAAGACACAGAUCGGGGAGGAGUACGGCUUCACACACUUUAAUCUGAUUCUGUCGGGGAAGAAGCUGGCUCCGGGGAGGAGGCUUGAUGAGCAGAACGUGAAGAACAACAGCAAGAUCAUGGUGCUGAACGUGUCCUCGCAGCAGGAGAAGAACGAGAUGCUGGAGGAAGAGGAGAAGAAGCGCAGGCAGGAUGAAGGAGUGCAGAGGACGCAGAAGGGUUUCCAGAUCCUGUCAGAGAGAGACGGGAGUGAAGAUCCGGUGUCCACGCCGUUCUUAGAGAUCGCCGAUCAGAAAGGAAAUCCGCUGCAGAUCCCUGACAGCGAGAGGAAGGCUCUGAUCCUGGCGAUGGGUUUCCACGAGAAAGGUCGAGCUCUGAUAAAGAAGAGGAACUACAGCGCCGCUCUGACUCACCUUUGGCAGGCCGACGAACAGUUCAAUAAGUGUAACUCGGCGCUGCUGAAGACGGUGGAUAACUACGCCGUGCUGCAGCUGGAUGUGGUUUGGUGUUUCCAGGCUCUGCAGCAGCUGGAGUGUCUGAACGACGCCAGACAGCGUCUGGAACGAGCCGAGGACUGCUUCAAGAGAUGCUACGGAGAGCAGCAGAGCCGUCUGCAGCAGAUCAAGGGUCACACCGGAGGAGAGGAUGUGCUGUUUCUGAGGCUCUAUCUGCUCCAGAGUCUGCUGGCCUACCAUGAUGGCAACAAGAGCCAAGCGUUCAACAAGCUGAGAAACGUGGAGGAGCUGCUCGGUCAGCUGUGUCUGGACCCGGAGAAGAUGCUCCAGCUGAUGACUCUGGGUUUCUCGGAGCAGGAGGCGCGUCUGGGUCUGAGAGCCUGUCGAGGAGACGUGGAGGAGGCGAAGCGGCUCAUCUAACAGAAGAAGAAGGAGAAGAAGGAGCUGAAGGAGCGCGAGCGGGAGAAGAGGAGACGCCGUCUGCAGGACAUCAACACACUGGUGGAGCUGGGCUUCAGCAAGAGAGACGCCGCCAGAGCCCUCCAUCAGACCAGAGGAGACGUGGACAAGGCCUACACGGUUCUGCUGGACGGCGCUGAAGCUCAGACUUCAGACAGACAGACUAAACUGGAUCAGCUGCUGGCGCUGGGCUUUCAGGAGGACAUGGCCGACUCGGCGCUGAGCAUCAUGGGAGAUGAUCUGGCUCAGGCCACACAGAUGCUGCUGGAUCACCAGGGCGUGGUUCCUCCGGACCUGCUGUCUCCGUCACCUCCAUCCUCCUCCUCAGAGGAGCCCAGCACCUCCUCCGACUCCACCGCUUCAGCUUGGACCAGGAACCUAGUGAACGAUCUUCAGGACAACACCCCACGAGAAGAGGACCACAUGAAUAUACAUCAAGACCUGACGAUGGACGAGGAGAAGGAGCUGAUGCUGCAGAUCCGAUCCACUCCGGAGAAUCAGAGCUCCACCACCUCAUUACAACACAUCAUAUUAUCACCUCUGUUCCAGAAAACACACCACGCCCUUGCAUUUCUUUCAAAUAGCAGAGAAUCAAAAAUAGAAAAUAACCUUAGUUCUGUUAAUAAUUUAAGUCAUAUUUGA